AUGGGUGCUGGUCUGAUGGGUAGCUCCUCUGCUUCCUUCAUGGGGACGUUCCUGGCCAGCAGCCUGGGUUCGCCCCCCUCACACCCCUCCGCCCACCACUCUGCGCCUCCCUCGUCUCCGUCGUCGCCCUCCUUCCGUGGGGGGCCCCAUUCCCAUUCCAGCCCCUCACAGAUCUGGUUCCCACACUCGCAUGAAGCCCCAGGGUACCCGCGCUUUUCAGGCAGCCUUACCCCCACCUUCCUUCCCAUGAGCGCCCUGGAUCACCAUAGCAACAGCAGUGUUCUGUACGGGCAGCGGCGUUUCUACGACACACAGAAAGCUCCAGAGUUCUAUCUCCGAAGUCUCUCGUCGCAGCCCUCUCUGCUCUCGACCAAUCACGGCCUCCCCAGCCUCUCUCGGACCACGCCCACUUCCUCCUCCCACCCGAUGGGACCGUGCAGCCGAGAGCAGCAGGACCCUGGGGGAGCAGGAGGAGGAGGAGGUGGAGGAGGAGGAGGUAGUUCGGCCCAGCACAAGAGCUCCAAGGACGGGGUGUCAUCAGGUUCUGGGUCUGGAGGAGAGCGAGGUCUAGUGAUGGCCUCCUCUGGCAAAGACAAAGACAGAUCCUCCAGUAGUAAACAAGAGUCCAAGGAACGCCACCCGCAUGGACCCCACCACGGACAACACCCACUCCACAGCCUCCAUCACCCUACGCACACAACACAUCCACAUCCACACCCACCACACCACACGCCCCACCACCACCACCACCACCACGUCCACCAGCAGCAGCAGCAGCAACAUCAGCACCCCUCUCCCGUGGGGGACGAGGACCCUCGGGCGCACAAGGGCCUCCACUCGCAACCCCCCCACUCGCACACUCCACACUCGCACCACCCGUCGCCAGGCGACUGCAGCAGGGACGAGGGCGGACAGGUGGGCACGGCAGGUGCUGGCCAGGUGGGCAAAGCCCUCAGCGCCUGUCGGCACCUCAACGGCAAGAUGCAGAACGGGGACUCGAGCGCCGGUGCCAAAGGAGGAGGGGGUUGUGGUGGUGGGGAUGGGGAGAGUGGUGGAGGGUCUACUGUAUCACACCACCGAUCUGGAGGUGGAGGUGGAGGUGGGAGUGGGAGCAGGUGUUGCAAGGAAGUGGUGAGUGGGGACAUGCGCAUCAGCGAGCCCCCAUCGCCCUCUGCUGACUGCCUGAGGAGAACAGGGGCAGGGGGUUCCGCGCACCCACACCCGCACUCCCAUCCACACCAUUCCCACACUCCCCCACACGCGCACACACAUCCACACCCACACCCACACUCCGCCGUGACUUAUGCCAUGGCCCCUCCUCCACCACCGCCUCCCCCGCCACCGCCACCGCUCGCCAUGGGGACAUCCAUGGGUGGCGCCUGGUUGCCUCCUCACCACCCCGCCCACGGUCACCCACACUCGCACAGCCACCCGCACCACCCGCACGCGGACCUCUACUGCCCUCACCCUCCGCCGCCCCUCUCUCUGCCAACCUCAGCCUCUACCCAGGACAAGGGAGCCCCCUCUAGGGGUGGAGGGGGAGUUGGGAGUGAUAACUCCAACAAUUCCAAGGUCGUCACCACCUCCGCCGCCGCCACGGGACCCACAUAUGUGCCCUCGGUCAGCCCCCUGGGCGCGGACAAGGGCGGUAGUGGCCCGUUCCAGCUGGGCAACCCCAACUGCCGUGGCGGAGGGGGUGGAGGUGGACGUGGAGGUAGUAGUGGAGGUGCUUCAGGGUCAACGAAGGAGGCUAAGGCCGUAGAAAAGUCCAGAGGAGGUGGAGGAACCGGGAGCAGCAGCAGCAGCAAAUCCAGCAGUUCGACAAACCCUCCAACCUCCAGCUCAAACUCCCCCUCCAAUCCCAAUCCCAAUCCUAAUCCUAAUCCUAGCUCCAACCCUUCCCAGUCCCAGGUGCCCAGCAGCUGCCAAAGGAAGUCUGCCAACGCUAACCAGCAGAAGCAGCAUUCCUUCAGGAAGUCCGAGAAGGGAUCGGAUUGGACUCACAAUGGCGGUGGCAGUACAUCGAAUCCACCCCACCACGCACCACCACCGUCUCACCCACAGAGGCACGGGUCGUCACAUUCCUGCGAUGUAGAGAGUGUGAACGGUAAUGAUAACGGUGGUGGUAGUAAUAGUAGUAGUGGUGUUGACGACGUUAUGGAGGUGUACCGUCCCUCGUUGCCUCAGGGGGCAAAAUCGGGGGGCCACACCUCAACGUCGUUAAAUGAUGUGAGUAGUGGAGGGGGUGGCCACGUGGGAAAGAGUGGACCGUAUGCCAGCACGCCUCCCUUUCGGGACUGUUCUCAUCAAUCGGGUCGUCCACCCAACAACACGUCUUCAUUAUCAUCAUCAUCACUAUCAUCGACAUCAUCAUCGUCAUCUGAGGGGAAGGGAGGUGGAGACGGUGGCACGUGUUCCGUGGUUACUCGCGACGGGCAGAAGGUCGCUAGGAUACGCCACCAACAACAUGGCGGCUCAGCGUCAGAUCAUCCACAGCAACACGAGGGUUCACAUCAUCAUCCUCAUCAUCAUCAUCAUCAUCAUACGGCUAAAGUCUCCAUGGCGCCCCCUCUGGUGUAUGGCAGCCAUGCGGCAGUCAGCGUAGCCCCCAGUGGCUGGGCGCCUCCACCAUCCCCCCCUUCGUCAUCUCACCACCGCACUUACCACCACGACGACCCACACAAGGCCUACAACACACACGGCGACAGUGGUCCCGGCAACAGUUCGAGUUCCAGUUCCGGUUCCGGUUCUGGUUCCGCAGUUGGAUAUGGAUCUAGUAGUUCUACUCCAGGUUCCACUCCUUCUGUGAAGAACCACGUGGCGCCACACUCGCGACAUCACGACCAGCAUCAUCAGCAGCAGCAGCAGCAGCAGACCCAAAAUCACCACCACCACAACCACAACCACAACCAGCAGAGCCAUGACGCCACCCCUCCACCUCAUCACCACCACCACAGAGGGGAUUCUUCUACGGCGCCACCUAGUGAUGGGAGUGUGAAUAGCAGCAGCAGCAGCAGCAGCAGCGGUGCUACAAACAACAACAGUGCCAGUAGUGCCAUGAAGAGCCUUAUGAAGUACAGCAGCAGUCAGCAGUCAAUGGCUGCCAAUGGCUCACAGCAGCAGCAACAACAGCAGCAGCAGCAACAACAGAAGAGCCCAUUUGGAGGCCUGGGGUGCCUGAAGGGACAGCGCUCUGGCCAGGGCCAACAGAGCCAGAGCAGUGGUGGAGGCGGUGGUGGUGGAUCGGGGAGCUGUGUGGUCCAGGAGCAGGCUCACAGGCAGACCCUUCCACCCAGGCGAUCCUCCUCCUCCUCCAUGGCGUCUUCAUCUGGGGAUGGCGACAGAUCGGAUGGAGGUGGUGGUAGUGGCAGCGGAGGUGGGCGGUCGAAUCGGGACGUGGGCGAGUCGUCGACGACGACGGGGGAGAGCGGCGAGGUGCGCCAGCCCCCCGUGGGCAUUGCCGUGGCGGUCGCUAGGCAACGCAGCGAGCCGCCCCCCUGCCGGCCUCCCCCCGACAUGCACCCGAGCCACCACAGCCACAGCCACGGCCACAGUCACAACCAUAGGCAUGGCAGGGUGCUGCCCAGCAUGAAAGGUGUGCCUAUGCGGUCCAUGUUCCCGCUGGAUCGGGAACUAGAGGAGGAGAGGAAGAGGAUGGCAGAGGAACACCUUGAUCGCGAACGAGAACUCUUCAUCAGGGAAAACAAAGAGCGGGUGGAGUUUGCCAGGAUCCACCCAUCCAGUAGUUGCCAUGGUGACCUGACCUCUCACCUCAUGGUGCCGGGCAGCCAAUUAGGCGCGGACCCCUCUGCACAUGCUCACCCGGCUCAUCACCAUUGGAUGCCACGGACAGGAAGUCCCUCCAUCUGGAUGACUGGACAUUCCUACGGGCUCAGCCAUGCGGCGCUGCACCAGAACUUGGCACAGGGUUUCUCGGCGGCCAUGCCAGGGGCUGUGCUGCCCCUCCCCCAGGACCCCUCCACCGCCCUGGUGGUCCUGCCCACCGACCCCACCGCACACCCCGCAGCACACCACCUGGAUGUGAUGGAACAGCAGGGUCUGUGGCCUGGCAUGUACAGCGCCCGGGGCCCAGCGUCACACAUGCAGCAUCCCGCUGUCUACUCGCGCUCCCAGUUUCUACGGCAACAGGAGCUGUACGCGCUGCAGCAGCAUCAGCACCACCGAGCAGCGCAGGCCAUGGAGCUGGUGCACAGGCAGACACACAUACAGCGAAAGCCCGAAGACCCUCCCAUGGACCUGGACGACAGCCAACCAGAGCCCACCACCACUACCACCAGGCCCCAGAAGCCCUUCUCCUACUCAUCCAAUAGGAGCACAGCACCGUCCCCUGGUCCUUGUCCCCCACCACCACCACCACCACCUCCACCACCGCAACAACCGACCACGGCCACCGCCACGGCCCGUCUCUCGCCGUGCUGUCGGACCUCCCCGGUCGCAGCGCUGAGGCCGCAGCCCAAGAGCAGCACCCCGUGUGUGGGGGGGACGCCCAGCCCGGCCGCCGUGGCGGCCCCCCGCUCGCCGGCGCUGAGCCCCGUGCCCCCGCACCUCCCCUUGCCGAAGGGCGCCGACCCCCAGGACCAGAGGGCCGAGGGGCAGCCGCCGCACGACUACCCACAAUCCUUAGAGCCUGAUCUUCCUCCAGCGUACACCUACCCGGACAUCGCCAUGGGUUACAAGGCAGGCCCCUCCCCUCAGGAAGUGCGAUUGGCCGAGCCCGCAGACCUGGAGGAGGCGGGACUAGCAUCCGAGCCGGCCGAGCCAUUGCCCCCCCAGCAUCACCAGGCCCUCCUCCCAUUGGCUCGAGAGCCUGGUUGUCACGACGACACCUUUCCCACCAGGACUGUGGAGGGGGAAGGGAUGGAGGAAGAGAGGGAGGUGGAGGAGGUGAUGGAGGGGGAAUAUGGUAGAGGAGGAGGAGGGAAAGGAGGGAUGGAGGCAGAGAUGGAUAUAGAAAUCAUGCCCACAGAGUCCUCUCUAAAUCACCCCCACCACCACACCAGUACCUACCCCUCUACUCCUCAACCUGCCUCCCCCCAGACCAUCACCACCAUCACCCCCUUAGUUCAAGAGAAGGAGGAGGAGGACAGUCAUGGAGGUGUUGAUGAUGAUGAUGCUACCGCCGAGAUGUCUGCCUCCAACACUGCUGCUCAGAGGGAGGAGGACAUGGAGGAGAUACCAGAGCAGGAGGGAAAGAAGGAGGAGGAAGAGGAGGAGAAGGAGGGUGAGGAGGGGAGGAGGAGGAUGACAGACUCACUGAGCACCAUCUGCCCUCUGCAGGAGGAGGUGAAAGGAGUACCACAGCCAAAGGUGGAGGAGGAGGAGGAGCAUGAUGCUUCUCCCUUUAGCCCCGGUAAGGAGCAGCACCCAAAGGUGGAGCAGCGGGAGCAAGAGGAGGAGGACGUGGAGGAGAUGAAGGAGGAGAGUGAGAAUGUAGACAAGGAAACAGAGAUAAACAUGACGAGGACCCACCAGCCCCCUCUCUCCUCCAUCUCCUCCACACCUGGGCCACUGUCGCCAACGGACAAACCCAGGUCGGUGUCGCCGUCCCCGGCCGCGCUUGGGGACCAGUACCCUGGCUCCUGCAUCUGGAGCCUGGAGCUCUUGAUCGCGGCCGCGCUGUGUGCCACCCGUGACGCCCAUGCCCACGACGCCCUGGUGCAUGGGGCACCCGCGUCCGUGGGGCAAUGGGGGCAUCACCAGCAUCAGCACCAUCAGCAUCAGCAGCAGCAGCUUCAUCAGGAGCAGCAUCGGGGUAUGGAGCUGCUGAGUGAACUGGCGGAGCUGGACAUGAGGACGCAUCAACAUCAGCAGCAGCAGAGGAACGGCAUGCAGGAGAGCGGAGGAGAAGAGCAGCUGACGUUUGACCUUGAGAGCUUGGCUACUCUGGCCGCGGCUCGGGCACUGGAGCUGGGGUUGCCGCCGGCAACCGGGAUGCAUGGAGCUAACCAUCAUCACCAACACCACUGCCCAAUCAGGCGCUCCAUCAACCUGCCCAGAACACGCAAGUGGACACCUCGUCUAGAGCCGGUAUGUCCGGUAAAGGGCUCUAUGGAGGCGAUGGAUGGUGAGGAGCUGGCCAUGAGAGUACGGCUGGCCGAACUGCAGCGCAGAUACAAGGAGAAGCAGAGGGAGCUGGCCAAACUACAGAGGAAACACGACCACCAGAAAGAGGAGACAUCUCGAAGUCCUGCGCGUAGAGGGCCCGGUCGCCCACGGAAACGCAAGUCUGCAUCCAGCAUCACCACCGAGCUGCCCAAGAGAGUCAAGUCAGUGGGGGUGGGACUCAGCCUGCUGGGUGGAGAAGAGGAAGUGGGCGGAGUCUCCGAGAGAAAGAAGAAGAAGAUGGCGGCCAAUAGCUACGAGCGACAUGCAGCCACUCAGGUGAAGAUAGGGUGUCGGCCCCGUGGCCGGCCCUGCGUCCUGAGCUCCAAGCUGGCCCAGCUGAAGAAGCAGCAGCAGCAGCAGCAGCAGCAGCAGGCCCAGGGGAAGCGCUCCGGUGCUCCACCGCGGCCGUCCAGCCUCCAGCUCUGCCACAGGGGGAGCUCGUCGUGCCCAAGCCCAGCCUCGGAGCACCUGGCUGGGGGGGAGCACGCCAAGUCCGCCUCGACCCACAGGAACGACCCUGGGAACCAGGGAGGAGCACAGGAGCACUCAGCUGGCAGUGCCAACCCAGGUGCCCGUCAGGGCUGGGCGGACCAGCAGCAGAUGAUGCGUCGGGGUCGGAGGGCAAAGGGCACCCCGGCGCACCUGCAGGCUGGGGUCAGAGGUCAGAGGGCGGACAGUGGAGUCGGGGCGUCGCUGGAUGGCAGGACCGAGAGCAAUGCCUCAGACAGCCAGUCUUCAGACCAAGAAGAGGAGGAUGAUGGGAGCUACGACAGUGAGGAAGGCCCAGAAGGUUCCAGAACCCUGACGUCACGGGAACAGCUGAUUGGCUCCGGCUCCUCCGCAGUUUCCAAGAUGGAGGCCAGCAGGAAAGCUGACAUGAAGAAAGACAGACAGGAACACAUGAUAUCAGAGGCAGAGGUGAAGGUAGCCAGGCGCCCCGUGGGCCGUCCCCCGCUCAGGAAGACUCUGGAUGGGGCAGCAGCGAUGGCGGCGGCCCUGGCAGCAGCGGCAGCCUCUGGUGGCAUGGUGGUGGGGGAGCGGAGCAAGCGGAUACGCGGGGGCUCUCGAUGGAGGUCAGGGGCCUCUGCCGGGUGCUUCGGCCGCAGCCGAGGCCUCAAGAGCGGGCUACCGUCCCCAGCCGACAGGCUCAAGAAGGCCACCCGUAAAGGGGCUCUGCAGUGUAGCCUGGCACAGAGGAGAGCAUGCAGAUUGGAAACGGUCCCGUCGCAGAAUGAUGACAUCAGAUGGAGCCGGAAGGGCAGGAGUAAACAGGCUAAGGGCAGGGCGGUGAGCAGGUUGCUGGAGAGCUUCGCUGCAGACGAGGGCUUCCGCAUGGACGACGACUCCAGCUUCUCUGAGGAGGAAGAGGAGGAGGAGGAGGAGCACCCAGCACAUAGGGAACUAGCACCAGCUCUGCCAGACUGUGUGCUGACUAAGGAGAAGCUGGUGGAUGGCCUGAAGGUUCUGAUCUCCAAAGAGGACGAGCUGCUCUACGCUGCUUACGUGCACACACUUGACCUGCCUGACAUAUACAGUGUGGUGAUUGAGGGGGAGAGGGGAAACCGGCCCAGAAUCUACUCACAGGAGCAACUGCUACAAGAAGCGGUUUUGGAUCAGCGUCCGGAGUCUGUGGCUGUUCUAACAGAGGGAACGCGAGUGUGUGCCUACUGGAGUGAGCGCUCGCGCUGCCUGUAUCCAGGAUACGUGCACAGAGGCAAGGAGGAGAAAGAGGGGUGUGUGAUGGUGGAAUUUGACGAUGGAGAUCAAGGAUGGAUCACUCUGCAGAAUAUUAGACUCCUGCCUCCGGGCUACCAGAUACACUGUGCGGAGCCUCCUCCAGCGCUGCUGUUGUCUCCGGGGAGACGCUGUCGCCGUGGCUCCGCUAAGGACAGGCCCAGUGUGGGGUCAGAGGGUGCCACAGACAGGCCCCUCUGCAGGGAUACCACCGACAAACCAGCAACAAAGGCCCGCCCAGGGAGACCAAAGCUUGUCCACUCAGGAUCAAAGCCUUGCAACAUGUCCGAUAGCGUCACCGAGAGAGGCAGCGGCACUGGCGGUGCCGGCGGCAGCAACAGCGGUGGUGGUGGUAGUGGUGGAGGUAGUGGCUCAGCAGCUCCACUCUUGGGCUGGCCAGCCAUGUCCAUGUCGUCCCGGAAGCGACCCCUAGACCUCUUCCACUUCAACGGCCUCCCCAAGAAGGCUCCCCGGGGCCUCCGCGACCCCUCGGACAUCUUCGGCCACCCCCAGUCCCAGUCCUCCUCCUCCGCUCCUCCUUCCGCCAUGUCCCUGCCCACCAAGAGCAUCUUCAACUCCCCCUUCGAGGUGGACUCCUUCAGCAGCAUUGCCAACGGCUACGCCUCCUUCGGGAGCCAGCAUCAACACCACCAGCACCCGCACCAGCACCAUCAUCAUCAUCACCACCAUCACCAUAACAACCACCCACAUCAUCAACAGCCUCUGCAGCAGCAGCAGCAAGGUGUGGCACUGCCAAUGGGUCACAAGAGUGGACCUUUUGCGAGGGGACGAAAGCCAGGGGACAGGAAGGAGCUUCUGGUCAAGCUGGACCAUGAGGGGGUCAUGUCACCUAAGACCAAGAGCAGCAAGGCGCUGCUGCUGCUGGGGGCUCGUGAGUCAUCUUCAGGCUCCAGGAUGGAGAGGGGGUUCAGUGGUGGAGGUGGUGGGGGCAAAGGCAUGAGACACGUGCCUCACUCCCACAUAGGAUACUCACAUCCUGUGCUCAUGGUGAAGGAUGGCAAGAAGGGCAGUGGAGGAUCUCGUUCCAGCCUCAUGAUGAUGAAGGGCUCCCACCACACGAGGAAGCCCCACCAUCAUCAUCCACACGGCGGCGCCGCCGGGCUCCGCAUGGGCGAGUUCGGCGAAUUCGGCGCCACUUCCUCCCACAACUGCCACAGCGACUGUUCCUACUCCGACAUGGACGAAGACGAAGAGGAGGAGGAUGACGAGGAGGAGGAAGAAGAAGAUGAGGAGGUGGUCCGGGAGGAGGUGCGAAGGAGGAGGGCAGCGGCACUGGCCGUGGUGGCUCGUGGAGACCUGAGGAGGAGCUCCCAGCCGCCUCCUCCCCCAACGUCUGCACCUCCACCACCACCGGCUGCGAGGCCAUUCCUGGCCUCUCGUCUCUCCGUGUCCUCCUCCUCCUCCGGAUCUUCCUCUGGCUCUUCCAGUUCCGGGUCCAUGUCCUCCGGGUCAAGCCUCUGCUCCUCGGAUAACGACUCCUCAUACAGCUCGGACGAGGAGCAGGAGGAGGAGGCUUCCAGGUUGAUGCUCCAGGGCUGCCUGUCCUCCUCCUCGCGCCAUCCUCUGCUCCAACAGCAACAGCAGCAGAAACAGCCACAGAAACAGCAGCCUCAGAAACAGCAGCCACAGCCUCCGCAGCAGCAGCAAGCACCACCACCUACACAACAACAACAAAAACAACAACAAAAACAACAGCAAAAACAACUACAACAACAACAGCAGCAGCAGCAACAGCAGAAACCACAGCCACAGCCGCAACCACAAUCUAAACAGCCCGCGGAACCCACCACUCCCACAGGCAGACAUGGCGGCUUCAGCUCCAAAGCUGCCAUGGUUUCAGGGUCAAACUCUAAGGCCAUGGCGAACUCCAGCAGUGGUGGUGGUAGCAGCAGUGGUGGAGGUGGUGGUGGAAGUGGAGCCCAGAAGCCAAUGCGGAGGAAAGAAACUACCUCCAGUAGUGCUGCUGCUGGUGGUGGUGGUGGUGGUGGUGGUGCGGCAGCAGUAGUGUCUUCAGCUUCAAAGGCCCACAGAGAGGCACCCAACACCAAGAAGCAGAAGGCAUCGUCCCCGGAGAGCUCUCCAGCCACCUCCCCCUUCAUGCCAGGCAGACACCUGUGGAAGUGGUCAGGGAACCCCACUCAGAGGAGGGGUAUGAAGGGGAAGGCCAGGAAGCUCUUCUACAAGGCCAUCGUGAGGGGCAAGGACACCAUCCGCAUCAGCGACUGCGCCGUGUUCCUGUCGCCGGGGCGACCGCACCUGCCUUACGUGGGCCGCAUUGAGAGCAUGUGGGAGUCCUGGGCCGGCAACAUGGUGGUGAAGGUGAAGUGGUUCUACCACCCCGAGGAGACCCGUCUGGGCAAGAGACACCGGGAUGGCAAGCAUGCCUUGUACCAGUCGUGCCACGAGGAUGAGAAUGACGUGCAGACCAUCUCCCACAAGUGCCAGGUGGUCAGCCGUGAUGAGUACGAGCGACUGAGCAGAACCAGGAAGUCCAGUGGCAGCGGUAGCAGUGGCCACGCCCAGGACCUCUACUACCUGGCCGGGACCUAUGAUCCUACAACAGGCCAGCUAGUGACCGCCGACGGGGUCUCCAUCAUCUGCUAGAGGAAGGAGAAGUUAAAGGUCGUGCAGAGGUCGCACCAAGGUCACAUGAAGUUCACAAAGAUGUCAAGACCUCUACUUCCUGGCUGGUACCUACAGUACGGCAACAGGUGACCGCCAGCAGGGACUCCAUCAUCUGCUAGAGGAAGGAGAAAGAGGUGAUGGUCAAACAGAGGUUAUGCCAAGGCUGCAUGGAUGUCACACAGAUGUGAAGAUGAGAGAGAGCUACUACUGAUUGAUAAUUCAGACAUCACUAUGGAUAUCAAUGGAUGAAAAAAUACAUUGAAAUGUAGAUGGAUACCCCAGCCGCACUUACUGUACUUCCAGCUACUCCUUCCAGCUCCACAGUAUCCACCUGAUCCAGAUUUGGAUUCAUGGAGAACUUGUGAAGAGCAGGGGUUGGGUUUCUUGCUUUGGAGGUGUGGAUCAGCCAUAAGAUUGUGUUCGUGCCAUUGAUAGAGCGUGGAGUGUUUAGAUGUGUGGUGCGUUAUGUCACCUGUUGUUAGAUGGCACCAUUAGGCUGGGUCCUGGGGUACCCGUAUCAGAGAGUGACGGGCCAUGGAUCAGCUGGGCUAGAACCAGCUAGAAUCUAGAACCAGUCAGACAGCUGGAACCCUAACAUCGGGAAUGGAACAGAACUCAGAGGAACACAGUCAAGCACUGGAGGCUUCUACGAGACAAGGACAUUGACAAUGUUAAAAUAAAUGUAAAAUAAACAAAUGCAUAUAUACAAAGAUAUAAUGAGAUAAAAUAAAAACAAUAAGCAAGAGAGCUGAUUGGAAGAUCGGUCCGUGGAGAGAUGCUAAACUCGCUACACUGGUCUUACAGGUCAUAAACUGCUCCAUCAGGACCAAAAACACUGUACAACUGGGGUGUAAUGUUGUGUUUGUGUGAAUGCCCAAGGAUGUGCGUAUGUUUGUGAGAGAGAAAGUAUGUGUGUGUAAAGAAAUGAGAGGGCGAUACUGUAUAUAAUGCUGUAUGUAUGCAUCCCCAAAUGGCCCCUGACCACAGGCUGGGGGUAGGAGAAAUAACAAUAACGCGCUGGAUGUUAGCUGAAUUCGGGACUGGUCAGGGCCAGCGUGCAGCCAGAGAUGUCGGUAUGUGAAUGGCCACAGCGAGACAGGAAAGAUGGGUCGACACGGUGACAGCGGUGGCACUUGUGGUGACCCAUCUGCCGUCUACGUUGUGCCAUUAACAACCGGUCUCUACAACGCAAGCUCCAGUCUGGGAUUUCCGGGGAUUGUUUUUUGUCUGUUUUUAAAUGAAAACAUGCCCAGAUAGCUAAAAAUAUAUAGAGUCGAUAAAUAUAUAAAUAUAUAUAUAGGUAUUUCAGUUCAUGAACUGAACUUUUUUGUUGCAUCUUUGAACAAAAAAAGGAAUGUUUUUUUUCCAAUCAAGCCAUACACUUCAGUACCUCUCUUGUAUCUUCUUAUUCAGGUGUACAGUUGUACAAUUAUUUUAUUUCUUAACAUGUGUGUACAUAUAUAAAAAGGCGUAAAACUGUAUAUAUGAUAUAAAUGAGGAGAGAAGUCUCCUCAUUGCUCUUGAUUGUGUUAUUUUUUUAAAUGAAAUGAGAGAACUGUUAAGUUUGGUCUGGAUACUUUGUUUUAUUUUUUUGUUAUAAUUAUUAUUUUUUUUACUGUCCGCUCUCUUUGGAGGACACUGGCAGCCAUCUUAGCUUGUUUAUUGCUGCCGUCCCUGCACUGCACAUGGCGUUUCGUUCCAAGGACGAAAGGUCAUUCUAAGAGGUGAAAAAGAGUUGUGAAAAGUUGUAAAUAAGGACGGGGACAGGACUGGUGUAGUCCUGAGACAGCAUAAAAGAGUAGAUAGAGAGAAAGCAGGGAGGAGAGGAGAGGAGUGUAGAUGGGGGAAUUUAAAAGGCUUUUAAUGUUCAUGAUCAUUGCUGUCUGUCAGUGUCUUUAAUCUGCUAUUUAAAUGGCUUUUUUGUGAGUUACUCCAAUUUCACUUUUAUUUUAUUUCUUGUCACACAGUUGCUUUGUGGAGUUUGAGAGGACAGCCAAAGGCUGGGGACACCACUUUUCUGGUGUGAGAUACUUGAGGACAAAAAUAGUGAAGAAGAAAAUGAUCUGCAGCCAUUGUUUCUUGAAGAGCUCACUGAACCUGAAGUUUAACAUGAUACCAGUCAUGGAUGAGAUGAGAUAAAAAGAAGAAAAAUAUAUCGGGCCGUGACGCAAAAAAAAGUCCAAACCAAAGCACCUGCCUAAGGUAACUUUUCAUUAGAAUGCAAUAAUAAUGUCUAUAUUAGAAAAAAAGAAUCAUUGAAUCAGAAAUAUUAAAUGGGACCCCUGCAAUGCAACGAAAAGACGGAUGUACUUUAUCUUUAAAAAGACAAUGUGCAUGAUUCACCAAUGUGCAUUGCAGUGUCUCUGUAGCUGGUGUGAACGGGCACUCCUAUAUACCUGUUGCCAAACGUUGUGGCAAUGUCGCAGAAAGGUUGCAAAGACGCUGCGUGCUAUUGACAUACAUAUAGGUUGUGCUACAACAAAGGUCAGUAGGGCGUUUGUGCACAGCACAGAGUGAAGGACAAUCAGUGCCCGAGAAAGUUGGCAGUUGGUUUUUUUGUUUUGCGAAAGUACUAAAGUUCAAAACAUGUUACUUCUUGUCACUUUUCCUCCUACUUUGCCAAAAAUUGUUUCAUUAUUUUUUUUUAAUUGAAAAUGUUUUUCUUUUUUCAUUGUCUCUGUGUCUUUUUUUGUUAUUGUCGCUGUUCAAUAUGCAAGCCUGUGAGGACUGUUCAGUGUGGACUUGGAAGGAAGAGGAAAGAGAUGCCUUUUUAGUUCUUAACGUUGACUAACUUUUUAACAACAUUGUUGCUGUUACACUGCAAAAAAAAUCAUAUAAAAAAAAUCUAACAAAAACAAAGCAAAAGCUUUAAAAGAAAAUCAUGUGAAAAUCCACCUAAUGUCACUUUUUGGGGUCUAUAAAAAGAGAUGAUUUAAAAAAAUGGUAUUUUCUUAAUUAAACAAAACAAGUUAAUAAAAUAAAUAAACAAAUAAAACAAACACUGGAUUCAGCUCUGGAUAUUAUGAGAAGUGACACCCUUCCCAAUCUGAGUGUGGGUCUGUUGACCCCCCGAAUGGGGAUAGGCUACGUGUUCACGAGAGACCCACUGGCGCCUGAUUUUUAAGGUUGAUAUACUUUGUGACAUUGUCGGAGAUUUAAAAAGAAAAAACACACAAAAGAAGAAAAAAAAGACUCUAAGAUAUUUCCUCUGUUUAAAAAAGCAAGUUAUUUAUCUUAAUUUUAUUGCCUUUGUGUUGAAUUUCAUUAA